UGGCUGCCCAAGAUGGCGGCGCGCUGGGAGCGUAUCAUCUGCGUUUCUAGGAGCUUCGCGCUGCGGGUGGCUUAAGAUUUUGGGGCUUUAGAGCCCCAUUGUAGCUCGGUCAUCUGGCGGGAAGUUUGACCUCGGAGAUGGCUCUGAGUAAAUCAAUGCAUGCAAGAAAUAGAUACAAGGACAAACCUCCUGACUUUGCAUAUCUGGCAUCCAAAUAUCCAGAUUUUAAGCAGCAUGUUCAGAUAAAUCUGAAUGGAAGAGUGAGUCUUAAUUUUAAAGACCCUGAAGCAGUCAGAGCUCUGACUUGUACUCUCCUAAGGGAAGAUUUUGGACUUUCUAUUGAUAUUCCAUUAGAGAGACUAAUUCCCACAGUUCCCUUAAGACUCAACUAUAUUCAUUGGGUUGAAGAUCUGAUUGGUCAUCAGGACUCUGACAAAAGUACUCUCCGAAGAGGAAUUGACAUAGGUACUGGGGCAUCCUGCAUCUAUCCUUUACUUGGAACAACUUUAAAUGGCUGGUAUUUCCUUGCAACAGAAGUAGAUGAUAUGUGUUUCAACUAUGCAAAGAAAAAUGUGGAGCAGAAUAAUUUAUCUGAUCUUAUAAAAGUGGUAAAAGUACCACAGAAGACACUCCUGAUGGAUGCUCUUAAAGAAGAAUCUGAGAUAAUCUAUGACUUUUGCAUGUGCAACCCUCCUUUUUUUGCCAAUCAGUUGGAAGCCAAGGGAGUAAACUCUCGAAAUGCUCGAAGACCUCCACCUAGUUCUGUAAAUACAGGAGGUAUCACAGAAAUCAUGGCAGAAGGAGGUGAAUUAGAGUUUGUUAAAAGGAUCAUCCAUGACAGUUUACAACUUAAAAAAAGACUAAGGUGGUAUAGCUGUAUGCUGGGAAAGAAAUGCAGCCUGGCUCCUCUGAAGGAAGAACUUCGCGUACAAGGGGUUCCUAAAGUCACCUACACUGAAUUCUGUCAAGGUCGGACAAUGAGAUGGGCUUUAGCUUGGAGUUUUUAUGAUGAUGUAACAGUACCAUCACCACCAAGCAAGCGAAGAAAAUUAGAGAAGCCACGGAAACCCAUUACAUUUGUAGUUUUGGAGUCUGUGAUAAAAGAAUUGUCCCUUAAAGCGUCAUCUUUGGGCUCUGAGACAGUGGAAGGCAUAGUAGUUGUGACAACGUGGAUUGAAAAAAUUCUCACCAAUCUGAAGGUUCAGCAUAAACGAGUACCAUGUGGAAAGGAGGAAAUUAGCCUUUUCCUAACAGCCAUAGAAAACUCCUGGAUUCAUUUAAGGAGAAAAAAAAGAGAACGAGUGAGACAACUGAGAGAGGUUCCCCGAGCUCCUGAGGAUGUCAUCCAGGCCUUGGAAGAGAAAAAGUUCACCCCCAAAGAGUCUGGUGGUGACCAAGAUUUGGCCCAGGGCCCCCAGGAGAGUGGCUUGUGUGGGCCUGCUCUACCGGAAAGCAAGUCUACCACUGCUGAGGGCCACUGCCCAAACCAGGAUUCACUUUCCCGGCAAGAGGAACCCAUGGAGGAGGAAGGGAGUGAGGAAAAGGGAGGGAUGAAGGUUUUGGAAAGUUGUAAAGGCUCAAGCAAUGGGGCCCAGAACCAAGAGGCUUCUGAUCAGUUCAGCAGCCCAGUGUCUGAAAAAGGGAACCAUCUCCAAGUAGUGGCUGGACAUUACCUAUUCAAGUGUUUGGUAAAUGUAAAGAAGGAGGUAGAUGACACCUUAGUUGAAAUGCAUUGGGUUGAGGGCCAGAACAGGGAUUUAAUGAACCAGCUUUGUACCUAUAUACGUAACCAAAUUUUUAGGCUUGUUGCUAGUUAACCCCAAACUUGAUGCAGUUGGGAACAUCUCUCUAAAUUAGCUUGCUUUGGAGUAGCCUGUGGGUGGCAAGAGGAAUUCCACUAUUGGCCCAUGGGUAACAUACCAAAUCAUCUUCAAAAAAAAAGAAAAGGAAACAAAUUAAUCCAGUUUUAAAUCCUCCCCCCCCACCCCACCCCUUUUUUAAACUUCACAAGGCAUUAGUAUGGUAGUUCAAGAUAAUGAAUUGUGGUUAUCAGCAUCAAUACGGAGCCAAUACGUAGACUCAUGAGGGAUUUAAACAUGACUUAGGCUGAUCACCUUAGCUUUAGGCCAGUUCCCUGAGGCCAAAGGGUUAUUUUUGUCUAGUUGGGUCAGAACUGCACAGAGUAUCAUGCUCUCUGUCACCCUGAGUUGCUCUUGAGGAGGGAUGGCUCUCCUUUCCUCCGAAUGGAGGCAGUGCCCCUGUGUCCUCCUCUAAAGUCACCUUCAAGACUGAAGACAUUCUCGUGGGAAUGUAUGAUUUAUUACUGCUGCAUCAACCCUGAAAAAGGCACUGGCCUAAUAGUAGGUGGCAGGAGAGUCAGGGAGAGAGAGCUUAGUAGUGCCCAUAAGACAGGCUGAUGUGGGGAAUGCCUGGAAACAUCACAUCCUGACUCGUGUCUGUUUCGAUGUUGCUUAUUUCAGAAACAGAAUUAGGUAAGCAAAACUCCCAGAUGUGACCAAGGCACUGCAGAAUGAAGCCAUAUCCCUACCUCCAACCUGUUUUUUAGCAGUUUUACUGGUAUUUGCUUUUUGUUUCAACAUUUGAAGUGGAGCUUUGGUUUGUUUUUAAUAUAGGAAUAUUCAGAAUUAAAAAGUGUCAGUCCUGUUUGAAUCCUGGGAUUGGGGGAAAUAUUUUCUUGACUUUGAGUGGGUAAAUGAUCGGAAUAAGAAACAAAGCAAGGAAGUUAAUGUAGGUUGCUUAAGAAAGUGUCAUCUGUUGACAGAUAAGUUGUGGCUGAUCAGAUAGUGCUUUUUGUGGGUUCCCUUGUAACUCCCUCUGUGCUUACCUGGUUGCACUGGAGAAUUCUUGAGUCUGGGCUAACCAUGUUCUUAAAACAUGUUUCUAAUUGGAAUGUCAGGGCUCUGCAGAAAUGUGUCUCUCUGGAAAAGGAGUCUCUUCUUUUGUUCUUUUGGUUUCUCAGUUACCCUCUGCUUGACUUUCACAGCCUAAUUUUACCCCAGCAACAUAAGGUUCUGUUUACACUGAGAUUUUUGAGGAUGGUUUCAGAGCUGCUUGCCAUCUUCAAAGAAGACUGGGACUGGGUAGUUAAGCCACUCUUCUGAAAGGUGGCUGCUGGUUAGGGCAGAAAACUGAUGGCUUUAGCAUAUCUUGGCAGUACCUAGACCAGGCCCUCAGCAUAGGAAAUGAAAAUAGGACCCUAUUACACGCAGAGCUGCGGAAGAGAAAAUAUUAACCAGUGUUAACUUGCCCCAUCCAUAGAGGCUCUAGAGAAUGCAUAAACUCCCUGGGUUAUUUCCAGAAGCUCUGUAAACAUACCGUAUUGUGUCUUUUGUCUUUGCUUUUGUUUUUUCUGGACAGAAGGGUCCAUGACUUAGGAAAGAGGGGUCAGUGACCUGCAGAGGAUCAGGAAUUGCUCUUCUAGUCCAGCCUCUCAUUUGACAGAAUGAGGAAACCAAUGCCCAGAGUUACAGAGAGCCGAGAUCCAGUCCAGGGCCUUGGGUUCCCCCAGCCCACGGUUCCUGUCCUGUGCCCACCCACACUGUCCUGCUGUACUUAUUUCUGAUGACAUUUGAAUCAUAUGCUAGACCCAAACCUAGUUUCUGUCUUGAUAGAAUUUUAGGAUAAUUGAGUUAAAUGGCAACUAUUCAUUUGAUGAGUGGUCACUAAGUAUAUAUUAUUUUCUUGUUUGUUUGAUCAUUGAAGAAUAGACAUUAUGCAUUAAAGAUUUGGAAUAAAUGAAAGUAGAAAAGAGCCACAAAGUCACCGCCAGUGUCAGUCUUCUUAAACACAUCCACUUGUCGGUGUUCCAUGUUUCCUUCUAGCCGCUUUCUGUCAGUCAGGUGGGCGAGUGUGGGUUCGACUUGGAUUGUUCUCAUGCUGGAUAUUCAGUUUCAUGUUACAUCAUGAAACAGUUCAGUGCUACAUCUUAACAUCUUGUAUUUUGCCGUGUUACACAGUAGUACUUAAACUCCUUGUCUGUGCACAGUGUAUUUCAGGCACAGUAUUAGCCUUUGUUUAAGUUCUAGUACUUAGAGAUCCCCAGAGAAUACUCUGUAACUGGAGGCACAAAAGAUGUGUCUUGUGGCUGUGUGUGUUUCGGUGCCCCACCUUUAAAUUAAGGCCUGGUGUCCUGGAGAGGUUGUAGGUGUUAAGCUGAUGCUCUUAGAAUUUAAAAGCUGUUUGAUGAGGGAAGCUUCUGCUGCUAGAGUUGCGAGUGCCUGCUUUGCACUUGGAUGCCUGCCUUUUCUUCUCCAAGAAUAGUUUAUUUCUAUCUAGUGAGAGAACAUUGAGAACAUUUUUAAAAGACAUCUAAAAAUUAUUUUAGUUAUAUCAUACUUUAUAUUUGUGUGAUGUGUGCUAAUAUAUACCUGUGAUAUGGGGAAAAAGGGAUUUUUUUCUUUAAAGAAAUAGGUUCCUGACCCAUGAAUCAUAUGUUGAGUGCUACUGGCCUUAGGUGUCUAAAGGUCAAGUUCAUGUUACUGGAUUGAUACAGAAUUAAAUCUUUGUGUUAUUAUCUUUAAUUCUAUUCUAGUCCCUGGCAUUGGCUUCUGAUUGCUUGAUAAAGUGGGAACAGAAGCUGAACUUGUUUCCUAAAAGCCACUAAAGCUGCUUUUGUUCUCUGGAAUCUGCUUUUCUUCCAGCAGUUGAGUUCCUUCACCCCACAUCCUUGCCCAGCUAUUCACACACCAAAGCAGUGCUGUGAGUCCCAGCAGGGUGGGCACCUCUUUUGUGGAGUUGCAGCUAAUCAUAAGGGUUCAAAUUGAUGACUUAAAUUUUUAGUUUAUGUUCUUUGAGGCACGAAACCUCUCUCCUCUUAAUGGAAAUGAUGUCAGCACACCAACUUCUAAGCUCUGACAAGUAAUAGCACUGCAGAAUGUGGGAAAGAUGCAAAAUCCUGUAGAAAAUCUUAAGGGAGGAAGUCCCUCAAUCUUACUUAAACCACAGCACUUUUCUCUCACGCCACACGGGGGCAUCAUUGGCCCUUUCAUCAAGCUCUGUAACUUCACUGUGGGAGCAGAUAAAAUUCUGUCCUUGGUAUUUUCUUGAAAUAUCCAGUUGCUACCCAGAUAUUUUUAUGUAAACAAGUAGAUUUUCAUAUAAAUAUAAAAAAGAAAAGUAGAAAGGGGGGAACCACCACCCCCCCUUUUUUUUUUAUCUGGGCAAAUCUUUCAACCCUUUAAUGGGUAUUAUGGUCCCAGUUGACUGUUUUUUCUUUUCUUUUCAUCUACUCAGUCCUCCUACUCUAGAAGAUAUCUGGGUUGGAUCAACUUUUUAUUGGUAUCUAGUUAAUGGAGGUAUUAGACGGGAUGUUAGUGAUCUUAAACAGUAACUUUCAGAUGUCUUCUGUUCCCAGAAGUCUAGAGAGCUCGAAGAAAGAAAUUGUUUUCAUUGUUCUUUUAAUUCUUAUUUUGGUUUAUCUGGCCAGCUGACUAACUUGCAUGAAAUAUGUUGUUUAUGUCAAAAGUUGGUACAGUUGGUUCUGUGUUACAUCUAUUAUGUGGGUUAGCUGAGCCUUGUUUCCCAUAAAGGGUGUUUCUGUAUUGAACAUGUAUAUUUCUAACCCUGGAAUCUGUGUGGGUUCAAGGAGAAGUUCCACCUUCCCUUGUUUUUAUGACACCCAGUCAGAUGUAACGGGGCCACCCAAAAGAUCUACACAUUAGGAAGAAGAAGGUCCAUUUUGGAAAACUAAGGAACCCACUGGGAGAAGGGAAGUCUCAGAGGUGCAGCAUUUUUACAGCCAUCUAGGAGGUGCCCCUAUGAGAGGGAUGGGACCACAUCAUUUUUAGGGAAGUUGGUGCUCAGGAGAUUUGGUUUGCUGAAUAAGCACUACUAACCCCAGGAAACCCCAGAAGAGGCUUAUAGUGGGAGUGAAUUGAUUUCUGCCUCUGGGAGCAGGGCAUUGAUAGUCUUGAAUGCUUCUGAGUCCAAACCUCCUGGUGCCAGUGCCAGCACAGUAGUAGAAAGCCCUGCAUGGGCUCAUGCCACUAGCAACAGGGCCUCACACUCAUACCAGAGGGCUCCCACUCUGCUCCAUAAAGAAAUUCAGAUCCUCUUCUGUGACUCACCAAAUGACUAAAACAGCAGUUUAUUUUUUUAAUUGCUGGUUGGAACAACUAAUACUCCCUUUUAGAACAACUAAUGCUGCCUUUUGGAGGCUGUGCUUUUACUCCAGGGGACUAUGUUGUGACUGAGUGAAGGCCUUACACCUCUGAAUGCCCUUUGAGGUGUAGCCCAUCUGCCUCUCGCAGCCCAAGCGGGCACAUCGGGGACUCCAGGUGCUCCCCAGGGAAGUGGAGGAUUAUGGGUGCUUGUUAUGAGCUGGAACACAGAGAUGAGAUGUGUGCCAGAAAAUGCAGGUGGACUUGGUGGAAUUGGCUUGUCUGUGAUGCCCCCAAGAGGGCAAAGGAUGCUUUUUGACCACCCUGUGGGGGAAGGAGAACCAGAAAAGAACAUAGAUUUUGCAGUUCAUCAGACCUGGGUUUACAUUCCAGUUCUAUUUACAGGGUAAGUCAGUUUCACUAAGCCUUGGCUUCCUCAUACAAAAGAUGCAGAUGUCUUCACAGAGUUGUAGCAGCAGUUAAGCGAGGAGAGUGCAGAAACACCCAAAAGAGUUUAGAAUCAAAGAGGAGGCCUCUCAGCUUGCUCAUCUUGUCUUGAGUUUUCAAUUUCUGGUCAGAAAAUCUUCUGCCAGGAGAUUCAAGUAAAAAAGUUAACGAUCUCAAGUGUAUGCUGGCAGGUGUAGAGUGCCAUUACUGACCAAAAACAAAACCAGGCUUCCAUGUCCUGGAGGGAGAACAGGGAACCAGUAUUGAUUGGUCAUCUUCUACAUGGUUUGCCUCAUUUAGUAACUCUGCAAAGGGGUGUGGUUUCCCUGUGUGAGAGCUGAAAGAAAUGGAAGUUUGGAGAGACCUCAAGUGACUUGGUCUAAGGUUAUUCACAGAGCAAAGUCAGAAAUGGGAUUUGAUCUUGAGUCCAGAGAUCCAAGAUGGGUAUCUUGUACCAAAUCUCAAAAUUCCUAGCAAGAGCUACCCUUAGGCACACAUGGACUUGCAGACUCAUUUGACUUAGCUCUGGAGAAAGGAGACUCCAAUUACAUGACACAGGGAAGAGUGUCUCUUAACCAACUCACAGUUAAGCACUUUAGGGUAAUGUUAUUUUCCAGCCUAUGAUCAAUGAGCAAGAUUUAAUAAGUGAAAUUGCUUAUAAUUAGUUCUUAAUGUAUGUUACCAAAUCUUAACAGAAUUUUGUAUUUGGCAGUAAUGCAGAUAAUUAAGUAGUGAAACCACAUAAAUGAAUAGUGCAAGCACAUGCUGGAUCAGAAUCAAUGUAAAAUAACUGAUGAUUAGGUAAUGAUUCUUUGACAAUACAUAUUGUAUAAUAAUGCAAGAUGGGGUUUAUUUUUUUUACAUUUUAGUAGACAGCUUCAAAUAUUUCACUUACAGAACACACAACAGGUGCUUUUGAUGUUGAUGGAAAAGGUAGCAGUUGUCCGAAAGGCAGCAAGUCGUGGCUCCCAGGUAGGGUGAGGGAACUCCUGUACAUCAGAGGGAACAAAAAGCGCCCUGCCGUCUGGCGGAACCGUUCAGGGAGUGUGGCUCCGAGAGGCCAGAAGCUCGAGCCAGGAAAUUCCCAGCUGGGGGACUUGGUUGGCUUCAGCAGCCCCCCAGGAAAAUGGCAGCUUGUGUUACCACUGUCCAAAAAGAGAAGGCUAUGCAGACAACAGUGCUGACUGACCCCUGCUGGGACAGAGGGUCAGGUGGGGUCCUGUGCCCAUAGAUUGGCUAUUCCAGAGGCUUGAUCUUGAUGUCUUUUGCUGGGAAAGGGGAUUCCCAGGCUGGUCUGACGGAGGCUCCUUAAUUGAGAUAUGUUUGUGCCAAGAUUCUUGCCUUCAGGGCCACAUAUGGACCAAACUCUGGCCUGUAUUUCAGUGAACCUUAGAUGAGUGCUAAUAAGGGCUUUUUCAUUCACAAAGAGAAGUAUUUCCUCAUCUUCUGCAGCAGGGGCCAGCCAAGAAGGAAUAGAACUUGUGCUCUGGCUGAAAGGAAGUAGCUUUUAUUCCGUUACUGUUGGUUAUCGCCAUGCAGAGUACCGAUGAGUACCCAGUGAUGUAGGAUCUUCUGAUUUUUUGAGGGAAACCAAAAAUCCAGAUUUAUAAGACAUUUACUUAAUUGUAAAUCCUGACAACUAAUUAUAUGUUUUAUAAAAACUCUGAGGCUAUCAGUUUAUGACCUCUUCUACCAUCAGGUGGGAGAACUGUCUAAAUAUUUGCCAUCUCCAUUUUCCUAACUUCGGCUACUGAAGUCUGGUUGCUGCCUGCCUUCCUCUUUUAGAGUUUCUUACCUCUUAAAGGAGAAUCCCAAAGAUUGUGUCCAUGGGCCUUUUCUGCUCUUUGCUCCCACUUCUGGCUGACCACCUACUCCAGUGACUUCAACUGUUGCUCACCCCCCUUUCCUCAUGCCCAAAUCUAGACCUUUCCUGAACUUUGAACAUCAUAUACCUAACCACCUGUAUUGGACAUCCUCCCUGCCAACUGUGGCUGUGUAAAAUUCAACUUAUUUUUUAUACCUGUUUCUCUCCUAUAUUCUUUUUUUUUUUUAAGAGUUCAGGAAUUUAUUAUCCAUAAUAUAUAGGGUAAACUAAUAUAGUUAUCUGUGUAUUUUAAUGGACUUUUUUGUUUCUUUUUUUAUUUUUUAUUAAGGUAUCAUUGAUAUACACUCUUAUGAAGGUUUUACAAGAAAAACAAUGGUUAUUACAUUCACCCUUAUUAUCAAGUCCCCCCGCCCCA